AUGCAGCCUGUGCCGCAGGGCAUCGCGCCCGCCCUCCUGAGCACGAUAUCAGACUGUGCCGCCCUUGUUGUUGCUGCGCCGCGGGCUCGCAUUCACAAUCGUUCACAUGACGUUCCGUGGGCCUGUGCUGCUCGCACCAGUGCUGGUGCCCAAGCCUCGGUAAUGUUGCACUCUGCGCUGGUGCUGGUGCUGGUGCUGCUCGAAUCCGACUAUGGCCCGCGCAUUGAAAAGAUCCACUCUGGGUACCGCGCCCUCGGAUCGUUGUCGGCCUUGUACGCGAAAGGUGGCACGGCUAUGCACAUGCGCGCAUGGCAGCCGGGCUACAGCUCUCUAGCUCCGGCCAAGGGCGAGCCCGACUGGCUAGUUGGCAACGGCUUCGACAAAGUCAAUGCGAGCGCUGGGCAGCUUGUUGGAUGA